AUGGAAAGUGAAGAACAUCAAAAAGGAAAAGAAAAGUUUAAAGAAGGGAAAUAUGAGGAAGCAAUAGAACUAUUUAAGAAAUGUCAUAAAAAAGAGCAAAAAGCACCGUUUUAUUCCAAUAUAUCAGCAUGUUAUUUUAAAUUAAAAGAUAUACCAAAAGCAAUAAAAUAUGCAAGAAAAAGUAUUGAAGAAACACCUGAAUUUGAAAAAGGGUAUUACAGAUUAAUGAUUGCAGGAGAAAAUACCUCAGAAUAUAGUAGUAGUGUAAUGAUAGCAGAAAUUAAACUAGGAAGAGAAAGAAAAGACGAAAAAUAUUGGAGAGAAUAUUAUUCAGGAAAUGAAGAAGUAGAAGUUAAACGAAUUAAUUUAGAAUAUGGGAAGGGAGUAUUUAGUAAAAAAAAGUAUCAAAAAGAGGAAAUAAUAAUGAGAGAAAUACCAAUAAUACAAAUUAGUAAAAUAGAAGAUUAUUAUAACUGUUGUGGGUUUUGUUUAAAAUCACUUUAUAGUAAAGACCCUACUAAUAAAUAUAAUAAGAUAUUUAAUCAAAUAAAUAAAGACGAAGUUGUUAAAUGUAAAUGUGGCAUGAGUUAUUGUAAUACCAAAUGUCAAAAAUUAGAUUAUGGUCAUUCUCUUUUAUGUAACAAGAUAAAAGGGUUAUUUAAUUAUUGUAAAAAAAAUAAUGUUUCUCAUCCUUUAUGUAUUUCUAAAAUUUUUGCUAAUAUUUUCAUUUCACAAAAUAUUGAACAAUCAUUAUUUCCUUUUAUUGUAUUUCAUUCUUCUCCUUUAAUUCCUUUUAACUCUGAAAUUAUUCCAUUCUUUCUUGAUAUUUUUGGUUCUCUUCUUCUAAAAUUUAAUAUUUAUGGUGGUUGGACUUUUAUUUAUCAAAUUCUUUAUUCUGUACUUAAAUAUAAUUCUUCUUCUAUUCUUCCUCUUAACCCUAUUCAGUCUAUCUUACUUAAUAAUUCUUUACAGAUUGAUAAUACUCUUCUUUCUUCUUCUCUUAUUAACCAUCCUGAUAUUACUGCUUUUACUAUUGAAGCUGAAGGAUUAUUUAAAUAUUUAAAUACUCUUAAUCAUUCUUGUUCUCCAAAUUGUUUUUUAGCAAAUACUGAUGAUUCUUGUGCUUUAUCUUUAAUUGCUUCUCGUCCAAUAUCUCCUGGAGAUGAACUUACUAUUAGUUAUAUUGAUAAUACUCUUCCCUAUUCUCAACGUCAAUCUCUUUUAUAUGAUUCAUAUCAUUUUUAUUGCCAUUGUCCUAAAUGCAACCUUAUGAUUUAA